GGUUUUGUAGACCCUUUCGGCCCUCAUUAUUCAAACAUUCUUUUUAUUAUUCCUGAUUCUCUUCUUGAUCUUUCAUUCUAUUUGGUGACAAUCCAACAUGAAUCUUUCUCAAAUACUCAACCCACCAAGUGCCACUACAGCGCCAAUUCCUUCAGCUAAUCCUAUCCCCCGUCGUCACCGAAGGACUUCUUCUCCUCCACCCUCGUUAACCUCUGCUACAACCAUCCUUCGCUUUGAUACCCCGGCAUCACCUCAUGUCCACAUCACAGGUUCUACAGGACCAACAGGAACGACUGCCUCAGAUACUGUUUCAAGAAAGCAUGCCAACUCAAUCUCGAUAGCACAGCUCGAGGAACAAACCUCUUCCUUCCCCUCAACCUCAGGUCAACAUAACAAGACUAACCAUCAUGGACACGGUGGCGCCCAGCAGAAAAUCAGGCCCAAUGAGAUCAGCAACAGAUAUAGUACUCAUACUUUUCGAGCAAGCAUCCCUCCAUCCCUCAAGGACAAACCCUUGUCAUCAACGUCAUCAUCGGAUAUCUCGGUAACUUCACCUGCUCCCGUUCAUUCCACUAUCACCGCAUCAUCACCAACAACAGUUACCACGACUGCUACUGCCAUGGCCACCACAGCGUCAAACAACACCAAUGCAGCGCUUUUGGAAGGAAGCUUGUCCGAGUUGGUUAUGAGCCAUAAUACACCGCAGGAUAUGUCUUCAUCUGGAUCUUUCUCAAAGAAAAAAGCUCGCUACCAAGGCUCCAGCACCGUGGAAUCGUCAUCUUUCCAAGACUCGUUCCAAGCUAAUCAUUCAGAGAUACAGAAUAUAAAGUCAGAAAUAGGAACUAAAAAAAAGUCGACCAAGAAAGGUGGCCGCACAUCCCCUCAUACUGAGACCGAUCCUCAGCCGAUUCGUUUUGUCAUGUCAGAUAAGGAAAUUCAGGAUAACAAACGUCAAAAAGCUGGAUCGACGCACAACGUAAAUGUCCCAUCUCCCUCACAAGAUUCUCAAGGGGAAGAUGUGGCCGAUCAAGAGUCUUCACAGGCUAGCCCAACACCCGAUUUUGAGAGGAAUGCUGAUGGAAAAUUCCGUUGUAGCUGGCCUAGAUGCGGAAAGGAGUUCACUGUAGCCUCUCGCCUCACCACCCACUAUCGCAUCCACUCGGGAAAACCGCCUUAUUUGUGCGGGUACAAGGAUUGUCAAAAGGCAUUUCAUACUUCUUCGUCCUUGUCCCAUCAUCGUGUUGUACACACAGACCAAGGUUUACGCCCCUACGUUUGUCGCCACAACCGCUGUGGUGCCACCUAUACCCAACUCGCACGAUUAAUCACUCACCAACGUACAACCCAUAGUGGCAUGAUUCUUUUUAUCCCACAAGAAUCAUCGCCCUCAUCCUCGUCCUCGUCCUCAUCCUCAUCUUCAGCUUCGGCUUCUUCUUCAUCCUCUCCAUCUCAACACCACACACCUUCUCAGUCCCAAUCUCAAUCUCAGUCUCAAGCCCAAUUUCAAUCUUCCUUUUCAACAGCCCAAGAAGUGUCAAAGGAAGGCUCUGCUGCCACUCCACCUCAACCAAUGACACCAUCGAUAAAUCCUUCCAUUGGUCCCUCUUUUAUGUCUUCAGAGUCUGGGUCUCCCAAACCAAAUGAGCGCGCCAAAAAUACUGGCAAUUCAACGCGUAAAGGCAUCGCCAACCCCGUUAUUGACCAUAAAUCAUCAAUCAUGCUUGCAGAUCCGAGUUUGUCGCGGUCAUCUCAAACAAAUCCUCAGCGACCAUCUCACUCAAUGACACAGUCCUCUGCUGCACAGACAGGCCAUCCGUCGUUCAACGGUACCAAAUCUGCAAACGUAUCUCGAAACGAAAUCAUGGAUGACUAUAGAAACCAUACCACUACCGGACACGAUAGACGCAACGAUGAUAGAACCAAGCCUCCUGAGAGGAUGAGCGAGAAUGACGAGGAGAGCGACGAGAUGCGGAUGACUAAAGAAGCAGCAUUGACAAUGACCAGCUUCAGAGAGAUGGCAAUGUUACAGGAACAACGCCAAGCACAUCCUCCCCGCUCUCCAGGGGUCUCGCAACAGCGGUCUUAUCAUCCGCCUCCUCAGCCUUCACAACAGUCAAACUCGAAUGGUCACUACCAUCCCUCUACAGAGCAUUACUAUGCCCAACCAUCAUAUCGUGAUUAUCCUCAGGAUUCGUACAAUCAGCAGUCCCCUUACUAUACUCCUUAUUCCGCCCCGAAGUCUCCGCCAGGACCACCACACCAUUACCCUCAGCCAAACUCGGGAGACUACUGGAAAGGCAACCAAGGAAGGGUAACGUCUGAUGAUAAGACAAAUGGGUAUAGCCAUCACACCCUUCAGGAUUUUGCGCCUAAUCAUCCCCAAAAGAUGCAGCAACACCAACACCAACAACAACAACAACAGCAGCAGCAGCAGCAGCAGCAGCAGCCAGAUUUUUACCCUAACGAUAUUCCAUACCAUCACCAGCCCUCCCGACCUUCACAUUCACACUCCAUGACUUUUGAGGAUCAACACCGACGUGGUACGAUGAGUGAACAUGGCUACGAUUGAUUCAUUCAACACUUUACCUAUUACCUAUUCCCUCCGCUCCCAGUCUCAGCAUUGCUAAUCCUUAGUCCAUUUACCUUUCUAUUCACGUUUACAUUUACCUUUACAUUUACCUUUAUCAUUACAUUUACAUUUAC